AUGGAAGUCACAUCCCAGGCAAUGGUACCACAAGGAGACAUAGUCAAGCAUAUGCGGCCGUCCCAAUCUAACAGCAACAACGCAUUAGACAACAGUCGAGUUGGCAAGGGUACCAUUCCUCAAGUCGUUAAAGGAAAAUGCCUUCUUGAGACGAAUUGUGGCGUUGAUUUAGCUGAUGAAGCACCACGCACCCCAGAGGACCCAGGCGAAGAAAGUAAUAUAUCUGCAACAAACGUUGAUAACCAUUCAAGUCCCACGGCCGCCAAACUAGUAGAUGAGGAUUCGGUGCCCUCCCAAACCCACAAAACUAGCAAACCUACCCCGAACACUCUGUCUAAUGAAGAGGAGGGGACUCUAAGCAACGAGCAAGAUCCCUAUCACGACCCGUUACCAAUUCCACACGUUUCACCGCCGAUAAACGUAUAUCGCCACGGUACCUCUGUAAUACCAAGCGAGCAUCACGACAGAUACCCCCAAGUUGUUAGGCUCUUCCGCGAAAACACUCUACAGGAUCGACGGUUAAUGGGUGGUGCAAAGCAUAUAAACUAUGGUCUCAAAUUGUGUGGCUCGUCAACAGAAACAGCACGUCCAUCUAUCUUGGUAUUCUGUCGCCCUCAAGAAUUCAAACCCCUCAGGAGGCUCCUGAGCCAAGAUCAUCUUACGGCGCAAUACCUAUUAAAGGAGAAUCGAAGGAAUUUCCUGGACGUAUUGAGGAACCAAGACAACGAAAAAAAGCAACACAGACCGCUAUUCAGAAUCUACUUCUGGCGUACUUCAAGGCCAAUGACUCUCCUAGGGGAACUAUCCUAUGGAGCUCACGUCUGUUUCGGGAAUCAAAGUGCAACAGCUUCAUCCAAUCCUCCUGACAUAUAUGACCGUUCACUAACGCUAUGUGCCACACGGAUAUAUACAUUUUCGGGCUUCAGUCAAGUUUCGACUUUAGGCUGUGUCCUCAAGAUGGGUCAAGAUUACUAUGGGUUGACUGCAGGACAUGGUAUACGAUCUCACACCAACCACCACCUACAUAAUCAGGAGCCAAGCUACAAGGCAAGAUGGGAGUCAAACGAAAUCAUUAACAGCCUUUCUAAAGAAGAGGCGUCUACUGCUUCGGCUUUUGACGAUGACAUAUUAUACGAAAGCCUAGCGGAUGAAGAAGAUUCUGAUGAUUAUGAUAACAUUAAUAGCGAAAUUGAAACUUGUGACCGCGAGUCCAUAGGGUUUUGCCAAUAUGAACUGCGGUAUGCCGACGCGAAAGACGACAGGAAAUCAGAACGAGCCAUGAAAAGGGGAGCUCCAAUAAAGCCCCCGGCUGACCCUUCCCGCCGUAUGAAUAUUGAUCUUGACUGGGGACUUAUCAAGUUAACCAAACCAGAACAACUACGGCCAAAUUUAUUUUUCAACCCCUCGAGCAAUCCGCCGGAGCUGACAGCAAUGUCACCAGUACCCGCGGCACUUCCCAAAACCGAGACUGAAAUUCUUAUAAUCCUGCCUUCUAGGAUCGUUAAACGUGGUAAAAUCCAACCGUCGAUGGCCUUCUUAGGAGGUAUCAACAGCUGCAAACCUUCCGAGGUAGGGUGUUUAGUACUAGACAACAAUCAACGGCUAUUUCGUGGUGACUCUGGAUCUGUGGUCAUCGAUGCCAAAACAUUUGCUAUCUACGGACAUGUAGUUGGCUCUAACCCGCUAGGGGAAAUAUAUAUCAGCUCCAUAACGGCUACCAUAGAGCAGAUUGGGUAUAUCGCCGGCACAAAUAUUUCGCUUCCUCAAGACCCAAAUUUAUUAAUGGCUAAUUUAGCCAUUAAUUCGUUCAACACGAACGACUACAACAAAGCGGACCUGCAGUUAGAGUACCUAUAUCGGUUGAUAUUGUCAGCUGGCUCGUCCAGUUCGUCAUCGAGGUCUUUACCGCAGAUCUCUGCCGAUACCUUGGGCCGUAUUGACCUCGCAAUAAACAACCCAGUUUUUGAUGAAGAACAGAAGGCGAGGUCCAUGGAACUACUGAGGCACAUCAUCUAUAACCAACAAGUAUCGCAGACAAGAGAGCACGAUGAUACGAAGCCUAUAGCCUGCAUCAUUAACGGCGUGGAGGUCUCGAGACAGCGCUGCCGAGAGAAAUUCAGAAGCAGCGCGGGGUCUACUAGGCCGAGGUCAUCAAUUGCCCGGGCCAAAUUCCGCCACAAUACCAUCACUAGUAACACAGAAUCAAUUACGGGGAGCCCAUUAGUCGGAAGUGCCGUGGUGGACCAGGACGAGGACGAAGACGACUUGAACAUCAUCAUCUCCCGCCUCGGGGGCACCAAUCCAAGAUCUCGGGUUGGAUCUCGCUCUUCAUCGGGGACCUCAACGCCGCUUACUCGUAUUGCCACAGAUCUACGGGAUCAACUCAUUGAUAUGCCAGCAUUUCGCACGAGAAGGGUGUCAUGAUGCUGUCAAGGGUCUACCAAGGAGUACAUUGGGGGGUCUCAUAGAAC